CCUCCCUCUCCGAUUCUGGGUGAAUGUCAUCAAAAACCCCCAGUUCGUGUUUGAUAUCCACAAAGGCAGCAUCACGGACGCCUGCCUCUCCGUCGUGGCUCAGACCUUCAUGGAUUCCUGCUCCACCUCGGAGCACCGCCUGGGCAAGGAUUCCCCCUCCAACAAGCUGCUGUACGCCAAGGACAUCCCCAGCUACAAGAGCUGGGUGGAGAGGUAUUACGCGGACAUUGCCAAGCUCCCGGCCAUCAGCGACCAGGACAUGAACGCCUACCUCGCCGAGCAGUCGCGCCUGCACUCCGCCGAGUUCAACAUGCUGAGCGCGCUCAACGAGAUCUACUCCUAUGUCAGCAAGUACAGCGAAGAGCUCAUCGGGGCUCUGGAGCAGGACGAACAGGCACGUAGGCAGCGUCUGGCGUACAAAGUAGAGCAACUUAUUGGUGCCAUGUCUAUUGAGAGCUGAAGAAAGGUCACGGUGCUCACGGAUGGCAAAGGGCAGAGGAUUGCACGGACUCUCGGGAAUUAAGAGGGAGAACAGGCAAGAAAGGCGCUGGACACAAAGAAACACCGAGGCUCUUCUGGAGGGAGCAGAGACUGGCCCAAGGACUGGCUGCGUUCAAAAUCGUGCAGGAUCCGGUUUGAAAAGGCAGGAAGAGAAAAAGACAAAGCAUCUCAAUCAAAGUCAAAUCAAGAUGGGUCAUCUUUUUCGAGCAUACAUGGAAAGAAGGAAGCUGGAAAGUUUGGAUGUCUCCAUGACUGCUGCUUUGCAUGAAAAUUGUUUGAUGUAUAUUAG